UGAGCCAUGCUUCCCAUCAGCAGAGAAAGCCCCUUAAUGGGGGAUCAAACCCACGGCCACCUCCCCACCAGGCUUUCGGGGGUCCUCCAGGUUCACCUUUACCACCAUCCAAGCUCUCCUCGGAUGGCCCCCGACGCUGCUGGCACCUUGAACUUCACCCCUGGGGAAUACACCGCCGAAGAAGUGUGUGUGGCAGCUGCCAAGGCAUCUGGGAUCCUUCCGGCCUGCCACACCCUCUUCGCCCUGGCUGCAGAGGACCUCUCAUGCUGGUUUGCCCCCAGCCACGUCUUCCUGGUGGACGAGGGGUUCAGCCAAGUGGUGCUUUAUAGGAUCAGGUUCUUCUUCUCCGACUGGUUUGGACCCAGGAAAUCCCACCGCCUUGGGCUGAUGAAUGAGCAAGCCAGCCCCAUCCUCGACUACCCCACCGUGGAUUACCUCUUUGCCCAGUCCCGCAGCGACUUCCUCGGGCGACGGAUGGCCGUGCCCCUGACGCUGGAGACCCAGGAGGCCUGCCUGGGCCUGGCCGUGCUGGACCUGCUCUGGAUCGCCAAGGAGCGGAAGCAGAGCCCGGGGGACCUGUCCCGGGCCCUCAGCUACAAGUCGUGCCUGCCAGAGGAGCUGCGGUGCCAACUUCGGGCACAAAACUUUGUCACCCGGAAGCGCGUCCGGCGCCAGUUUGCCCGCUCCCUGCGCCAGGUCAGCCGCCUCCCAGCCGAAGUCAGCUUCCUUAAGCUGAAGUACCUCAUUGAGCUGGAGGGCCUGGGGGUGGUCCCUGCGGAGGAGGCCUUCCUGGCCUGGUUCCCUGGACAGACAGCCGCUGAGGGCGCACGGUGGAUCUGGGUCUCGGCAGAGAAGGGAAUCCUGUGGAGCCGCAGCCGGGCCGAGGCCCCCCACCCUUUCUGUGACUUCUGCGAGAUGGCUGACAUCACCAUCAAGCAGGCCACCCACGACGGGCUCCCCAUCGAGAACCGCAUCAUCACCAUCACUAAGACCGACUGCCGGGCCCUGGAGGCGGAGUUCCCCCACCUGAGGGCGGCCCUGUCUUUCGUCUCCCUGCUGGACGGCUAUUACCGGCUGCUGGUCGACUCCCAGCAUUAUUUCUGCAAGGAGGUGGCUCCCCCGAGGCUGCUAGAGGACCGGGAGGCCCAAUGCCACGGCCCCAUCACGUCGGAAUUUGCAGCAAACAAGCUGAAAACGCUCGGCUCUGGCCGGGGAGCCUACCUCCUUCGACGCAGCCUGGUCGAUUUCAACAGCUACCUGCUCACCGUCUGCCUAGAGAUGCAAAUGAGAACGGAGCCCAAAAGCCUGCUGAUCCAGAGGAAUGAUGAUGGGACCUUCUCUCCCGCCGGCAUCCCCAAGAAAUUCUACAGCCUCCAGGAGCUGCUGGGGCUGUACCGGCGCUCCAGCCUCCAGGCUGAAGGGGCGGCCAUCCAGCUGGGCACACACUGCCCACCACAGCCUAAAGAGAAAUCCAACCUGCUGAUUGUACGAGGGGGCAGCCGCCACCAGCUCCCCACAUCUCCCUCUGUCCUGCGCCGGGCUGUCAACCAGAUCAUGUUCCACAAAAUCCAGGCCAAGGACCUGGUGCAGGGUGAAAACGUGGGCCAGGGGACCUUCACCAGGAUCUACCGGGGCUUCAAGCAGGACACCCAGAAGGAGGCAGGCGAUGGGGACCCCAGGGAGGUGCCGGCCACCGAGGUGAUACUGAAAGUCCUGGACAGCAGCCACGGCCACCUGGCCGAGGCAUUCCUCGAGGCGGCCAGCCUAAUCGGCCAGCUGACCCACAAGCACCUGGUCCUGCUGCACGGCAUCUGUGUGGGGGCAGAAAGCAUCAUGGUGCAGGAACACGUGCAUCUCGGGGCCCUGGACACCUACCUGCAGCGGAAGCAGCGCUCCGGCCCACCGUCGCCCAGGUGGAAGCUGCAGGUGGCCAAGCAGGUGGCCUACGCCCUCAACUUCCUGGAGGACCGGAAGAUUCCUCACGGCAACGUGUCUGCCAGGAAGGUGCUCCUGGCCCGGGAGGGCGACGAGACGGCUGGACACCCUCCGUUUAUCAAGCUCAGCGACCCAGGACUCAGCACUGCGGCCCUUUCGAAAGAGGGGUUAAUGGACCGAAUUCCCUGGGUGGCACCCGAAUGCUUGGAGGACCCCAAGAAGCUGGCAGUGGAGUCUGACCGGUGGGGUUUUGGCGCUACCUUGUGGGAGAUCUUCAACGGCGGACACGUUCCUGUCUGUGGGAUGGAGCCCCACGCGAAGGUCCGGUUCUACCAGGAGCACCGCCAGCUGCCCACCCUCAAGUGGAUGGAGCUGGCAGGCCUGGUGGCCCAGUGCAUGGACUACUGCCCCUGUCAGCGCCCCAUCUUCCGCGCCAUCAUCCGCGACCUCAAUGGCUUCAUCACUUCCGAUUACGAGCUCCUGACGGAUCUCCCGCUGGCCAGCAGCAGCUCCGGGGGAGGCAGAGAUGACUUCGCGUGCCAGGACCCCACCCUCUUUGAGGACCGGCACCUCAAAUAUAUCUCAGUGCUAGGCAAAGGGAACUUUGGGAGCGUGGAGCUGUGCCGGUAUGACCCCCUGGGGGACAGUACUGGGGAGCUGGUGGCGGUCAAGCGGCUGCAGCAGACCUCACCCAGGCAGCAGCAGGACUUCAAGCGGGAAAUCGCCAUCCUGCGCUCCCUGGCCCAUGACUUCAUCAUUGCCUACCGUGGCGUGGCCUGCAGUCGAGGUCGGAACAGUCUCCGGCUGGUUAUGGAAUACUUACCCAACGGCUGCCUGCGGAACUACCUGCAGAAGAACCAGGAGCGGCUGGACCUCAAGAAACUGUUGCUCUAUGCCUGGCAGGUGUGCAAGGGCAUGGAUUACCUUGGUUCUCGGCGCUACAUCCACAGAGAUCUGGCCACCCGGAACAUCUUAGUGGAAAAUGAAAACCGGGUCAAGAUUGGUGACUUUGGCCUGGCCAAAAUCCUGCCCCAGGGCAAGGAGUAUUACGUGGUGCAGGAGCCCGGACAGAGCCCCAUCUUCUGGUACGCCCCCGAAUCCCUGGCCGACAGCAUCUUCUCUCAAGAGUCGGACGUCUGGAGCUUCGGCGUCGUCCUCUACGAGCUUGUCACCUACGGUAGUGCGAGCCACAGCCCUUCAGAGGAGUUCCUCCGCAUGAUGGGUCACAGGAAACCUGCCCUGAUUGUGUGCCGCCUCCUGGAGCUGCUGAAGGAGCAGAAACGCCUUCCACCUCCCACCGGCUGCCCCUCGGAGAUUCUGGCCGUGAUGCAGGCCUGUUGGUCCUUCCUGCCAAGCCAGCGGCCCCGAUUCUGCACGCUGACCGCCCAGAUCGAAGCCCUGCGGCACGGCCACUGCAAGGCCCAAGGCUAG